AUCUGCACCCGGAAGUAAACAAGAGCGGAGUUCAGUGUACCAAGAGACAUCGGGCUCUUCCACAUGCGCUCUCUUUCCUAUACAGAAACUUUAAAUACAAUAGCCUAUAGCCGAAGCCCAUGACUUUGUAGGGAUCUUAUCAUCGUAUUCCAGCUUCCUGUUUUGUCCCGCUUGUUUUGGCCUUCUUGAUUCAAUAUAACGUUAAGAUUUGAACCAAGAUGUCCCGGCGGAGUCAGAAGCUGGUGGAGUACGGUAAGCCUCUGGUGCUCGUGACGGAACAGGUGCCCACUGCUCCCCGGGGAGGUGCCGUGGUGCAGGUGGCCUGUGCAGGGGUGUGCCAUUCAGAUAUCCACGCUACAGAAGGCAUUCUUCAACAGCAAAAUCUGCCACUUAUUUUGGGCCAUGAAAUUUCUGGAACAGUUGCGAACAUGGAUCCUACAGUAAAGACUGAUGUAAAGGUUGGUGACAGGGUAGUGGUAUACAGUAUGGGUGGGUGCUCAGCCUGUAGCAGAUGUGCAGAGGGAAGACCCAUAGACUGUCUGAACAGGGUAGUGAACACAAACGGAGCGUUUAUAGACGGCGGCUUCUCUGAUUACGUGGUUUGCCCUGAUGCCAAGCUGCUGCUGAAGGUGCCUGACUCUGUUGCCAUGGACACGGCCUGCCUCCUCCCUUGCUCAGGUCUAACUGCCUACAAUGCUGUGGCCACGAUAAUGCCCACUGUCAAUGACUUUGCAAGGCACACAGAUUGUACAGUGCUCUUGGUAGGCAUGGGUGGCCUUGGUCUGUGGGCUGUCCAGAUUGCCAAACAGCUGUUGCCGUCUAACGUGCGUCUGGUGUGUGCCGAUGUCGAUGUUGACAAACUUGCCUCUGCAAAAGAUGCUGGCUGUGAUGUGACAGUACACUGGGGAAAAGAAGGUCAGUAGUAGGAUGAUGUUUAUACAGAUGACCAAUCAAUAUACAAAGUUUUACAAAAUAAGGCUACGAAUUGUUUUAUUAAGUUGGGAUG